GAAAACAGUAAAUGGUUUGAUAUGGCCGCGUUUUCUCUUUAUCUUCAAAGACGCAUCCAGCCGACGAUUGUCGCCAGUGGUAAAUUCGAUGGAUCUCAUGCGUGUCUAGCCGUUGCCACUUCCAGUGGGAAUAUCCUGGUGCACAGUCCUCACAGGAUACCAUCUACAACGAACCCUAGCAACCCUCAGGGUGAACAGAGCAACGCUCGACUCGCUUGGAGCGGCGAGUUGGCCGAGUUGCAAAUUGGCAAGCAGGUGACCGCCAUUUGCACUGGACGUUUUGGGGAGGAUGAAAGAGAAAUACUCUUUGUAGGAACUCUUACACAUUUAUUAGUAUACAAUGUCGAGGACAAUGCUGAUGUCUUCUACAAGGAGAUGCAAGAUGGCGUUCACUGUAUGGCUGUUGGAAAACUGGGAUGGUUACCAAAUCAAGUAGCUAUAAUUGGUGGAAAUUGUUCUGUAACCGUUCUGGAUUUCCAAGGUAACGAAAUAUUCUGGACGGUUACAGGAGACGUCGUUACCUCCCUGACGCUCUUCGACUUCGAUGGUGAUGGGAAUAACGAACUACUCACUGGAACGGAAGAUUUUGAAUUAAAAGUACAGAAGGAAGACGCUGUACUUUGGGAGACCAAGGAAACUGCUUCCGUUACCGCUCUGACGUCACUUCCUAAUAGACAGUUUGCCUAUGCUGUAGGAAAUGGUACCGUCGGUGUUUACGAAUCGGGACAAAGACUCUGGCGCGUUAAAUCCAAGCACAGAGUCGUUUCUAUUCGCGCCUUCGACGUCAAUGGAGACGGUAUCCUGGAAUUGGUAACAGGUUGGAGCAGUGGAAAGAUCGAUGCCAGAUCCUGUGCCACGGGAGAAGUUAUAUUUAGAUGUCAGUUAUCCGCAGGAAUUGCUGGUAUAGUAGAGGCAGACUACAGGAGAACCGGAAGAUCGGAUCUGGUUGUAGUUUCCGUUAUUGGAGAAGUUCGCGGAUAUGCUGCCGGCUCUAUCGUAGAUUCUUCGGAACCCGGGGAAACAAUGCGUGAGCUCCUGGCCAAGAAGCAUGCACUACAACUGGAGCUUCGUCAGCGAGCAGCUGCUGUCCCCAGCACCUAUCAUGGCACCAGGUUGGCAAUUAGCUUGACGUCCAGCAAAGGAGCUGCACGAUUAUCUCUGGCAUCUGGACCAGGACUCCUGGUACAUUGCGCUGUCGUAUUUGCUGAGGGUGUCUUUGAGGGCGAGACCCUGGUGUCACAUCCGAAUAGACCAAAGGGUGAGUUGGAGAUUGAACUACGACCUCCGAAGAACGAACCUGUCGAUAUUCACGUGAAGGCUUGCGUGGGACCACCUGGAGCAGAUCUUCUUCAGGUCUUUGAGCUGACCCGACAACUUCCCCGGUUCUGCAUGUACCAGGCGAUAUCACAACCUGACGAAAUUCCUGAGGAGUUACUCGAACUCGGUGUCUUCACAGAGGUACCUGAGAGGCCACAAAGAAUUGCUCUCUGGCUCAACCAGAACUUUUUACUUAACGAAGAACUCGAGGUUCCCGAAGACGGAGUCAACGCCGGCUCAAUUGACUUCUGGUUCCGUGGACUCAGAGAUGAGAAAUUGCAUCGUUUCAAUGCUACAGUUUCUGGCCGUGUUACUAUUAAUACAGAGGAUCCUGCAUUUGCUGGUGAUCUCAUUCAGUCACUAGCUAGCUACCUAGGAUUGAGAGAACUCAAUUCCGAGGCGAAGUUUCCUUUGGAGGAACAACGAUUGUCAGAGGUCCUGGAACGCGUUCGGGGUUUACGCGAGACCGAAGCUAAGCUUCAAGGGGAAACUGCGAAUGCAUCGACCCUUUUAAAAAAUUUACUAAUACGCUUCGAAGAUGCAAGAAUAUUGGAGAACGUAGAAGACAUGAGAAAGAGACUGAAUCAAUUGAAAGCUGUCAACGCGGAUCUGAUAAGGGAACAUGAAAUAAGGCGAAACAGUCAUCGAGAGUUCACAAAGGCUCUGAAGGAACUGAAUAUGGGUGUUCAGAGAGCUUCGCGAUUUCGUGUGGGUAAAGCAGCGGCCAAUGCCGUGGCAAAAUGUCGAACAGCAAUACAAGACGAGAAUUCAAAAGCUCUAGGUUUAUCUCUAAGAUACGGAUAAAUAUGAUCUAUUCGUAAUUAAUAAAAUCCUUUGACAUCAUCCUCAA